UAUCUAUUGUCAAUUGACUGUUUAUCUUUGUUUCUUUGAUCUUAUUACUUGGGUUGAGAGUAUACAUAGUACACGAUACUACCUACUAAUUUUUGUUAUCCUGAAGUUGGUCCUCAGUAUUGGUUCCCCCCAGCUUAUCUACGAAACCCCGCAUAACAGCUAGCUAUGAGCGGGCAUACUCUCUUCUUCUACGGAACCCUCAUGGCCCCCCAAAUCCUUUACCGAGUGAUUCACGGCCGCCCAGAACCAGAACCAUGGCAAAAGGCCCUGCUCACCUUCCAACCUGCUAUUCUGCAUGGGUUCCAGCGCCAUCGAGUCCGAGAGGCAGAUUACCCUGGUAUAGUUCCAUCAGAUAAAUCCGAGGAGUCAUCUGCAUGCGUGCUGGGCACGCUCGUCUCCGGCCUCACAGACGGGGAUGUCCACCGGCUCGACAUCUUCGAAGGCUCAGAAUACGAGAAGCGCCCCGUUAAGGUGAGAACAUUGCGGGACUUGCUGGCGGGCGGCAGCACGGGUGGUGUUCUUGGUGACGGCAACGAGGCAGACCAUGCAAAGGGCGACCAUCUUCGAGACGUGCUGGAGGCUGCAAGGGCACAGCUUGCGGACGAAGCGGACGAGGUCGUUGCCAUAACGUACGUGUGGGUGGCCGGCGAGGAACGGUUAGAAGAUGCUGAGUGGGAUUUUGAGACCUUUCAGCGGGAUAAGAUGGCGUGGUGGGUGAAUGCGGAUGAGAGCGAGUGGUAAUUUUAUCUGCAGACAGUGAAAAUAGAACCAUCU